CUGUCAGUCAUUGUGUCGGCGCGCCCAAAUCUGACGUCGCCGCUUAGGCCGCCACUCUCGGCUACGUCACUGCGCGUCAAGGGCUAACUCCUCCCUUAGUUACCGUCACCACCGCGUUCAUGCUCACGCCCGUCCCAUGGUAACCGUCACCAGCCACUCAUCUGUCCCAGCCCCGCCUCUCUCCACGGAACGCUCUAUGCGAGCGGGCAGGCUCCUCCCCGCGCCUGCGUACUGCGCUGCCAGUAGAGGGGGCGUGCCGUCGGUUCCUGUCAGUGCGAGCACACCGGAGCUAAGACCGGGACUUACCGAACCGCCGACCCGCUCCCCGCCCGCAAUAUCCAGCUGGCCCGAGCGGCCAUGCCCUCCGACUUCAUAUCCCUGCUCAGCGCCGACCUUGACCUUGAGUCCCCGAAGUCACUAUACUCCAGAGAAUCUGUUUAUGACCUUCUCCCAAAGGAGUUGCAGUUGCCCUCUUCCCGAGAGACGUCUGUCACCCCAAUGAGUCAGACAAGCGGAGGUGAGGCAGGAUCGCCUCCCCCAACUGUUAUUGCUGCUGAAUUCUCCCUGUCCCUAUUCGGAAAGCAACCAUUGACUAUCCCAGCUGUUCAGCAAAUCUUGAUAAGUGACCUCUUACCUCAACUUUUUAGUGGUGCUGCUGACUUUAAAAAUGCUUCAUCUUCCUCCUCUUCCACCAUGGGCGGUGCUCGCAGUUCCUUUACCACCACUUCCAGUCCUUCUAAUUACUCUACCUCACUCACCGACACCAAAGCUAUGCAAUCCUCUGCCACGGGGGUAAGUAAGCCAGGGGUAAGUGAAAAGCUGUUAGCCAAUAAUGUGGGAAGGCAGCAGUCCGUGCCAUUGAGAUGGACGGUCCUAAACAUUUCUCCACCCCCGGAAGACCUGCUGGAUAGCAGUCAGAUGUCCUGCCAAGAUGAAGGGGGUGGACCGGAGGAGUCUGAGCAAAGCUGCAACAUGUGGACCGAAGACUCAACGUCCAAUUUCAGCAACAUGAGCUCUCAUUCUUACAAUGAUAACACAGAGGUCCCACGUAAGUCACGAAAGCGAAACACGAAGCAGAGGCCUGGGACCAAACGACGGGAUUCCAACAUGGACGUUUUUGAUGCAGACAGCGCCAAAGCUCCACACUAUGUUCUAUCCCAGCUCGCCUCGGACAGCAAAAGCAACUGCCAGGCCGGAAAUGGAGCAUCGGGGCCUCAGAAGGGAGGGAAGAAGUGCCCUUUGCUGUGUGAGCAGUUUCCAUGUAAGAGCGAGGGGAAAGAGCUAAAGAUAGUGGUACAGCCGGAGACGCAGCAUCGUGCCAGAUACCUGACGGAAGGAAGCCGUGGCUCUGUGAAAGAUCGUACGCAGCAGGGAUUCCCUACAGUAAAGCUGGAAGGUCACAAUGAGCCUGUGGUGCUUCAAGUGUUUGUAGGCAAUGAUUCCGGCCGAGUGAAGCCGCACGGAUUCUACCAGGCCUGCAGAGUGACCGGGAGGAACACGACUCCCUGCAAGGAAGUGGACAUAGAGGGCACCACAGUCAUAGAGGUCAUGCUUGACCCGAGCAACAUGAUGACUCUAGCGGUGGAUUGUGUUGGAAUUUUGAAGCUGCGGAAUGCCGAUGUUGAAGCCCGUAUCGGGAUUGCUGGCUCGAAGAAGAAAAGCACACGUGCCAGGCUGGUGUUUCGAGUAAAUAUCACUCGGAAGGACGGAACCAUUUUAACUCUACAAACGCCCUCGUCUCCAAUCAUCUGUACUCAGCCGGCUGGGGUGCCAGAGAUACUGAAGAAGAGUCUGCACACUUGCUCUGUAAAAGGAGAGGAAGAGGUGUUCUUAGUAGGCAAGAACUUCCUGAAAGGAGCGAAGGUCAUGUUCCAGGAGAACCUUUCUGAUGACUGUUCGUGGAAAGCCGAAGCUGAAAUUGACAUGGAGUUAUUUCACCAGAAUCACCUCAUAGUGAAGGUCCCUCCUUACCACGACCAGAAUAUCACGUCCCCUGUGUCUGUUGUGAUGUUUGUGGUGACAAACGCAGGUCGAUCUCAUGAAGUUCAGCCUUUCACAUACACUCCAGAAUCAUCCAAUCCCGUAAGUGCUCUCAUAAAGAAAGAGAUUUCCAGCCCAUCACAGUCCUGUACUUUUGAAGACUCUAUGAAAGCUGUGACUUCACCUGUGUGUAACAUCGACCAAGUGACUCUGCUCCCACCUGCACGGGGUUCUCCGCAUAAAUCUAACAGCAUUAUAAAGAAUGAAGCUCCUAUGGAGCUCACGGGAGAACAGAGAUCUUCGCCUCUGUACAAAACAUCAAAGAUUGCUGUAUCAGCCCAGCAAAACCUGGAGAUCUCCCCUGCCAGUGGGUCUUUUUCACCUUCUGUGUCCCAUCUGCCUACGGAGAAUGACCCGCAGACCCCAAUACAAGUGCAGGUGUUCAGCCCGGAGCCUCUUUCCACCAUCCAGACUCAGGACAUUGCGCAACCCAGCAGCUUUCAAGCCGUCUCCUCUCCUGGCCAGAGCGAGAAUUCCAUCAUGCAGCAGACACCAACAUUUCAGGCAAUGGAGUCACAGCCCAGAGAUGCACUGCAGACAGAUAGGGCGAUGGUCGCGCUCUCGCAGAUGGCUGAUGCCACACAGCAAUCUCAGCAGCCAGCGCUACAAGAUCAGGCUCAGGCAUUGCAGCAACAGAUCUCUACUAGCUUAUUUUCACAAUCUAACAAUGCCAACCAGAUGCAAAACACCAUCCACCAACUACAGUCUGGCAACUUCCAGUCUAAUGUAUCCACCAACAGCUCAGAAGUUGACUUGGUGCAGCAAGUCUUGGAAGCCCAGCAGCAAUUAUCGUGUGUGUUGUUCUCUGGCCAAGGGGGGAGUGAAAAUGAGCAAACUGCAAUGGGACAGGUGCAAGAGCAGCUCAAUGCCGGUAUAUUUCAGCCGGUCGGUUCAAUCCAGAGUACUCCCGGUCAAGGGAUAUUUUCUUCCAAUGAACCUGUGCAUAACUGCUCAGAGAAUGUUCUCUCUGGAAGAGCUGACAGUCUUCUCCAACAAGCAGAGAACUCUCUGUCCACUCAGCAGCAAGCGAUGGAGACCAAUGCAGCCAUGGUCAUGGAAAUGCAACAAAGUAUGCAUCAGGCACAAGGACCAAUUCAAUCUGACAUUUUCCAAACCCAGAGUCCUGGCUCAGGAGGCAUCCAGUCACCGGUGUACCAACACCAGCAAGGUUCUCAUUUAAUUAGUGGACUGUCCACCAGUGAAGAGAUGCAAAUGCAGUGUGAUAUGUUUUCCACACCAGGAGUCUCUGGGAGUGAUGGAAACGCAGGCCAGCAGCAGGUAUCUGCCGCAGGCUCCAAUAUCUUCCAAUCUUCCAGCACCACAGACGGUGACAAUGCCACAGCCCAGUCAGAGCAAAUGCAAAACAGUGUUUUCCAAACUAUGGUUCAGAUGCAACAUGGAGGAGACGGACAAACACAGGUCAACCUGUACUCUCCUGCAGAAGAUAUGCUUGGUGUUCAGACAAGCGGUGGUCAGCAGCAAGGAGCUGGACUAUUCCAACAAGCUGGCGACAUGAUGGCCCUCCAGCAGGGUACUUUUCUGCAGCAGUCUCCUCACUCUCAUGCUCCACUUUACCACUCCCAGAACACAAUAUCUGAUAAUCAGAAUAUGGCCCAAGAAACACAGGGGACUCUCUUCCACCCUUCGGGGUCCAUGGUGCAGCAUCAAAACUCCUCCUCUGCACAAGAUCAGAUCCAGACUCCACUCUAUCAUCAGCAAGGCACAAUAUCUGCUCCCCCAGAGCAGUCGGCCACCAACAUGUUCACCAUGAGCUCCUUACAGAGCAGUCAAGUGCCUCAAGAGAAGCAGUUGUCCUUCUUCUCAAGCCAGAACUCCCUCCAACAGCUCCAGGCGACUCCAAGCCCAGAGCAGCAGGCGGCAUUCCAGCAACAGGCCCAAUUGUCUCAUAUGCAGAACUCAAUGAUUGCACAGGAGCAGCAACAGCAGUCACCACAGAACUUGUUUCAGUCACAGAACCAACAGAACUCUAUCUUCCAGGCAACUCACUCCAUGGUUGGUAUGCAGAGCAGCCCUUCUCCCCAUGAGCAAACUCAGAGCAUGCUCUUCGCCACACAGAGUUCUAUGGCCAACAUGGCCUCUCAAGAACAACAGCAAAACAUGCUGUUUAGCCAGACCCAGGAACCAAUGGCCACCCAGGAUCAGCAGAACCAAGCCCUGUUCCAUGCCCAAAACAUGGAGUUCCAAGCUCAGAGCCCAGUUACUUCUCAGCAUGAGCAGCAGCAGUCCCCCAUGUUUCACAACUCUCCACAGCUCCAGCUGGUCCAAGCUUCAUCAACAUCUCCAGAGCAGCAGGUGACUCUGUUCAUGUCCCCCGCCUCCAUGUCAGCCCUGCAGAACAGUAUGAACCAGCAGGAGAUGCAGCAGACCGGCAUGUACCCUCAGUCCAUCCAGGGAAACACACCCCCUCAACAGCAGCAGGCUUCCAUGUUCCACAGCUCGGCAGGGGGUGCUAUGAGCCAGAUGCAGAGUGCGUCAGCAUCUUCUCCACAGGCCACCGGAAUGUUCCUGUUUGGAAUUCAGAAUAAUUGCAGUCAGAUGAUCUCCCCAGCGGCGGGAUCCUUGAAUAAUCAGAUGAUGUCCCUUGGACAGCCGGGUCAGCCUCAAGGAGAUGGACAGUCAGUGACUACACUCCUGUCACAGCAAAUGGCUGAGAAUUCCUCAAUGGCAACAGACCAGAACAUGGAGAAGAUCAGUAAUUUACUGGUGUCUCUACACAACCAGGGGAACAAUAUGUCCGGCUCUUUCUGAGAAGAGGGGAACAUCUUUAUUGUCCUAACAGACUGGAGUAUUCUAUUUGUCUACGGUCCAAGUAGAAGAGGUUCUUAGUGUUGUCGUCCCCAACCCCCUUCCCGGCUUGUUCUCGUCUAUCUACAGUAUUUAUCAACCAGGACUAAAGAGUUAAUAUAAAACAUACUCCUGAAAGCUACAACCCCGAGACUCCCGCUGUGGCUGAUACUGCUGUCUGCAGUGGUUCUAACGUUUACCUCUUAUUUCAUCCAUGUCUCUUAUGUAGUGUGUAUGUGUGUAUAUAUAUAUAAAUAUGUACAUAAUAAUAAAUAACUAUAUAUAGUUACACACAUUAUAUAUAUAUAUAUAUAUAUAUAUAUAUAAUAUUUCUUCUAUAUUUUUCCCUGAAGGAAUCAAUCUAUUUGCCCUCGUAUGUAGCUGUGAUAUUGUGAGCUUCAUUACCGGUCUCAUUACAGGGCAGUACGCAUGGCAUCCCUUAUGAAUCAGUCCUGUAUCUAAAAUGAGCUGCUGCCAGUGUGACUCUGCUCUGGGGCCCUUUUGGCAGCAGGACACGGUUUUCCAUGUGAGUCUUUGCCAUUAUGUAGAACGGAUGGCGCUUCCCAGUGUAUCCACAUUCUUAUUACAUGUGGCAGGGGAGCCCUCCUAGGUCUGACAAGUAAUGCUGCACUUAAUCCUGUUUUCUAUCGCCCUCUAGUGGGUGCUGGAUGCAGCGACUUUUAUUUUAUUGAGCCAUGUAGAUAAUGUUAGUUUCUAAAUCUGUUUCUACUUGUAGAUGGCCAUAUUCCUCCUAUUCUCUUUAUGUGUGUAAGUUUGUAUUCUUUAAUCUCUCCUAACUGGAGACAUCAGAUCAAUGACUGGACCCUUAUGGCCCACCAGCUACUGAACCACAAGCUAGUGGAGCAUCAUGGGAGAUAAGUGUGAUUCGCCAGCAGUUAAGGCGCUAGAAGCAGCCAGUCUGUGAUUUAAUGGUUUCAAUAGUGCGGGUUUAUUACCGAUAUGAAGGGAACUUUUUCAGAGUGAGGCCUGUUCCAGGCCCUUUAAUUUUUAAUUUUGAUUUUUUUUAAUACAGUUUUCAAUCGUUCAAGUUUUUUGGAUGGUUUUUAUCUACUGUGUGUUUCUUUUUUUUUUUUUUUUUUUUUUUUUGGAAAGUUCUAUUUUGUAUUUAGUAAACUGGUAUUUGCUACAUGUACUGAACAAGUAUGUUAGCAGAAGUAUAUAUAAGUAUAUAAAAAAAAAAGGUUUAUAUAUAUAUAUAUUAUACAUAAGAUAUUCAUUUUUGCACACGUUUGUGGCAGGUUUUUCUCAGUCUUUGUCUCUGUAGCUCCUUUGUGAAAGGGGGCAUGGGAGAACUGGAAGUGCUGCUUUAAUGGAGUUUGUAUUUUUGGGGAAGGAGGCAGGCCCGAAGAAGACGUUUGGUUAUCCCCUCAGUGGUUUUUGUACAAAAAAAUAUAUAUAUAUUUUCCCAACGAGAUGCAAUUAUCAGUGUGUUAAUCUAAUGUUAAGACGAAUAUAACGUGUAGUUUUCAUGACUUGCCGAGAGCGAGAGUCAACAGUGCUUAUCGUAACUUAUCCAACCAGUGGCUGGUUUAGCGCGGAGAUUCUGUCUGUCUGUCGCUCUUAUAGACUAGCACUGAUUUAUAUAGUCUGAAUAUUAUAUAUAAACAGUUACAUGUUCUGUUUAACAUAAUUCUCCUCUCUACUGCUCAGUCGGCAUCACAUGCUGAGUUCAAGGCCAAAGAACUGCAGAAGAUCCCUCUGCACUGAUGUAUAGGUUUCAUACAUAAUGCUAUGUAACCACCUCUCUACAUGAUAUCCUAACACCUUGCGUGCAGCUUUAGUCGUCCUGUAUGCCCACCAUUGUCCAUCUUGCCUCAAUUAGAGGCAAUAUGACCAUAUAGCAAUGUGUUAAGUACAAGGUCUGUAAUCUUUAUCUAGGACACAGAUAAAAUGGGACCUAUCAGCCACAGAUGGUAACUCGCAUUUCAUGAGCUGAUCCAGUGUUCAAAUAUUCAGCUUAUCAGUACACUAGGAACCAGUGACAUCAUGGAGAACUGAUAGACUGCGUUCUCAUAAAUUCACUAUUAAACUGGCUGCUACCAAUGGAUGUAGGUAUCUAGUAAAUGCAAUAGGCUGCGAGUAGCAGACAUCUGCCAGUCUUCCGAAAUUUAGCGGUUUGAUUUAAAACAGUAAUUUAAAAGGCAAAACCAGGUUGCAACUUUUUUUUAAUUGCCAAUACCUCAGCGUUACCUGCAGCUCACUGACUGCAUUUAGGCCCUUGAGACCAUUGGUUUAUCUUUGAUUUCAUCAUUUUUAAGUAUACCAUUUGGGUAAAUUUAAAGAAUAAUAUAAUGCCAUUAACUACUUGGUACUGCACAAACACUUGUCAUAGUAGAUUAUGGGAACCCUCCGCUAAUGGCUAGGGGGAUCCAUUUUAUUUGCUCUUAAAUAGACAUAUCAAUGUCAUCUGUGGAUGAUACAUAACAUCAGUUGCACAGAUGACAGUUGAUUUGUUGGCACAUACACAAAAUGGUUACUAAUUAUAUAAUUUGGCUUAGCAUCUGAUUGUAUCUGCACAGCAGCCAGUGUAUACAGGAUUCAGUACCUACUCAGCUGCACAAGAGGGAGCUACUGGGUCUACUAAGCUCAUAUAGUAAAAAUAUUGUAUACAUGAACUGUUUCAACACCGUGUGGAGCUAGUAUGUCCUCUCACAAUACGUCAGACAGAUGUAAAUAUGGAAAAUAUCUGUAGUGCCUCUUAAAGGUAUAUUCUGAUCUACUGUGGUACAUUCUAAUAAAAAAACUAAUGUAGGGGAAACAAAUAUAUAUUUAAAAAAAAAUGCAUACUUCCAGCUCCUAUAACUUUCCCUAAACUAGAGAAAAGGCCAUAUAUUAUGUAUUAUAAAUAGAAGCAAUAGUUAAGUACAUAUACAUUAUUUAGGGUUGCACUAAUUGAUUGAAAAAUAAUCAAUUAAAAGUGCAUUUAUUUAUAUGUAUAAAUUUUUGCCUAAUUUAGCUUUCUAAUACUAAAAAAAAAAAAAAAAAAAAAAGUUUGUCACCCAAGAGAACAAAUUAUAAAAUGAUUGCUGUUUAACCACACCAAAAAUAGUCGCUCAACUCUCUGGGGCUAAAGCUGCAAAAUACCCUGGUUGUUAUGGUUACUAAUAUAUGCUUGUUUGUAAAUAGAACCAGUAAUCUCCAUUCUGGGUCCUGCCCAUGUAUCACAGCUGUGGGGAGGAGGGUAUACGCGGGGGAGGGAUGGGAUCCAGCACUUUAUUCUCUGCCUCACAUGUACAUGAAGAGUAUGAGGUGUAAAUUGGUGCUAGAUUAUAUGUAAGCAGCUCUGUGUUCUAGAUUCCCAUUUAACCUAGUUUCCAGUCAUUCUCUUUCUUGGGCGGGUCUCAGCGCUUCAUGAUAUGAGGGCAGUUCCUGGCUCUCUAACUGCAGCUGUUUCGCCACAAUGAUGCUGGUAACUUACCACCUUUUGAGAUGGAAACUAUAUGAAGAGAAAUGUUCUAGAUCUCGAAUACCUCUUUUACACAUGCAGCUAAAUCCUGGAUUUUUGCAUAUGUGCAUGCAAUCUACUCCGAACUAAGGCCCAGGUCCCCAACUCUGCUCUUUACCAGGGUCAGGGCUGAGGCAUGGGAAUUUGCCGGUUUUUAGACCCAGCAAAUUCCCAAUUUUAUGUGUGAAAGGGGUAUAAGUCUGUGUCAGUGAGCAGACUUAAGUACAUGCCUUAGCCAGGGGAUAUGCAGCAUUACUUAUACAUCCUUUCCACCCGAGGACUGUCCUUCAUGCUGUAGGUGACUAUUACUAUUCGGCUGUUUUGACCAAUGGUUUUCAGAAAUCAAUAGUAAUUAAUGCCAAACAAGCCUGUAUUUAGCAUUAAUUACUGUAGCCCUUAGUAAUCUACUGGCAGCUUUCAAAAUCCAACACAUAGUAAAUCUAUUCCUUCUAGUGACCAAAAUAAAAUCACUGCAUGUUAAAUUGUACUUUAUAAUAAGUGUGUGAGGCGUGUCAGUGACAUCAUGUUGAUGUUUGAGAGUCCCAACUGCAGGCUUCAUCUGGGGAGGAUGGAAUAAAGGCAACAUAGGUUUAAUGCAACUCUCAAUAUCUUAUCCCUCAGCCAGCAGGCCAAAAAAAAUAUAACAGAGUCCAGUCUCUUAUUACUGGGGUCAUGGUCCCUUUGUGCACCAAUCACCUCCACACUAGAGGCAGCCAGUAAUUUCAUUAGGAGCCUUGGGUGCUCUGUGUCGUAGUUCCCAGCAUUCUCACGUAUAGUUGGUCAGCCCACAAAAUGGAUGCUUUCAAUGGACGUAGAUGAUGAGUACACAUUUAAUAUUACAGAUUUCACUAAUAUUCUAACCUUAAGCAUUGGAGAUGAGGAACAUCCUUUGGGUGAUUGGGAACACUUGUGGUCUUCGCAGACUGAUAUAUAUAUCGUGUACACUGCCUUUUCUGAAGUCAUAAUACUAACAUUCAACACUGCUCUUUUGUUGAAACAGACCAAUAAGCUGAGGAUGGCAGAAUACUCCUUUCUUACAUUCAUUUACAGCCACAGGAAAAUUAGCGGCUUCUAAUAUGUAUAUUUUGUGUUUUAACAGUUUCAAGUUUGUUUUAUUAUUUGGUCACACAGAGGAUGCGAUAGUAUUGACUAUAAUGUAUGCAUUGUAAAUACAACUAAAGUGCAGAGCGUGAGACCGCAAAUCCCAAUCGACUUGCACUCCUAAUGGAUGGAUACAUGAAAAGCAUCUGUGGCAUUGAACACAGAUACCUGCUUGCUACGCCAAUUAGACAUUCAUGGUUGCUGAAGACAUUUGUGUACCCAUUUAAUGUGUAAUUCCAUAGUGAGACGUUUCAGCAUCUGUGGUCAUAUAGGGGCGCCAGACAGACUUGCAGAGCAGGUGGUUGGAUCUGCCGGCGGAGCCUCUCCAUCCUCCUUCCAUAAGUGAGUGGUGCAGUGCGCAGCAAUUAAUUUUAUACCAGCUACGCAGAGUUUGUUCUGUCGAGGGGCAGAUGUAUUUUUAUGUUUUUAGCAAUCUUGUAAUAACGUGUUAAAUAAACAAAGGAUAUUUUGCUUCGAUUGGGAUAUUUGUAUACUCUUUGCAAUUAUAUUUCUGUAAACAGCUCAAAUCGAUAAAUAAAACAUUGAAAGUUUUCA